CAGCGACGUCCCGACGCUCGACGUCGUCGUUACAUCGCGCCUUUUGAAUCGAUCCGCGGAAUAAUAUAUCUACAUUUAGCCACCGCAGUUUUCAUUUGUAUUUUUAUAAUAAAGUGAAACGAUUAUUUUUUUGAUACAUUUUUUUUUUUUUUAUUUGUUUUGUGGGUGCCACCCUUUGCCAGUGUAUUUUUGUAAUAUGGCUUGCCUGGACUCAAACCGAAAGCGGAUCGAAUAUAUUGUUUGAUUUUCUUUUUGUGUGGUAGCAACAAAUUUGCCCUUUUAUAUCGUUUACGAGGGAUUAAUUUUUAAUAUUCAGAUAAUCAUGACGUCAAGUCAGGUCAUCGUCGGAGUAUCAAACGUGGCCAGUAGCGAGUUAUGGUUGCGGCACGGCUAGCCUGGGCCAUUCGUCCCCAUCGAUGAUGGGCGACCGCGACGGCGGAAGCGGCGAUGGGGAAGGGGGGCCCGCCGCCAUCGCCGCCGUGCGUUGGGACGAGCCAGGGGCCCCCCUCGUCACUCCCGGAUCUCCGCCGCUGGACUUCGAAGGUUCCGGACGGCAAGGGACAAGCAUACCUCCGCCGCUACCUUUAAGUCUCGAACAGCGACCUUACUCGCGGAGCAUGUCGUCCUUGCCACCGGAACCGUUUAUGAUCAUGCGCUCGAAGGCUCUGAACCGACGCGUGAUCCUAAACGUCGGCGGAGUCAAACACGAAGUGUUAUGGCGCACGCUCGACCGGCUACCUCACACCAGGCUGGGGCGCCUGCGCGACUGCAACACUCACGAGGCGCUAAGCGAAAUGUGCGACGACUACUCGCUGAUCGACAACGAAUACUAUUUCGAUCGACAUCCCAAGUCGUUUUCAUCGAUACUCAACUUUUACCGCACCGGCAAGCUGCAUUUGGUCGACGAGAUGUGCGUGUUGGCUUUUAGCGACGAUUUGGAAUACUGGGGGAUCGACGAGCUUUACUUGGAGUCUUGCUGUCAGCACAAAUAUCAUCAAAGAAAAGAGCACGUGCACGAAGAAAUGAGAAAAGAAGCCGAAUCGUUACGACAACGAGAUGAGGAAGAAUUCGACAUUUUCCUAGGCGAGGGCCAGUGUUCGCAAUGGCAGAAAUGGCUAUGGGAUAUGCUGGAAAAACCUACUACUUCGAUAGCUGCAAGGGUAAUAGCCAUCAUAUCGAUAUUGUUUAUCGUGCUGUCCACCAUCGCACUGACCCUAAACACCAUCCCCAGUAUGCAGGUAAACGACGAAAAGGGCAAUUUCCAAGACAACCCCCAACUGGCAAUGGUAGAAGCGGUCUGCAUAACUUGGUUCUCCUUAGAAUAUAUUCUGCGGUUCAGCGCGUCGCCUAACAAAUGGAAAUUCUUCAAGGGUGGAUUGAAUAUCAUAGACUUACUAGCCAUACUGCCUUAUUUUGUGUCCCUAUUUUUAUUAGAAACCAAUAAGAACGCUACCGAUCAAUUUCAAGACGUCCGUCGAGUAGUGCAAGUGUUUAGGAUAAUGCGAAUUUUGCGAAUAUUAAAAUUAGCGCGGCAUUCGACCGGUUUACAAUCGUUGGGUUUCACAUUAAAGAACUCUUACAAAGAGCUGGGCCUGCUGAUGCUUUUUCUCGCUAUGGGGGUCCUGAUAUUUUCCAGUCUGGCUUAUUUCGCCGAAAAAGAAGAACCGGGCACCAAAUUCAUUUCUAUACCGGAAACUUUUUGGUGGGCGGGUAUUACGAUGACCACGGUAGGCUACGGGGAUAUAUAUCCCACCACGCCCCUGGGGAAAGUAAUAGGAAGCGUGUGCUGUAUUUGCGGCGUGCUGGUGAUUGCGUUACCCAUUCCUAUAAUUGUUAACAAUUUUGCCGAGUUUUAUAAGAAUCAGAUGAGAAGAGAGAAGGCGCUGAAGAGGAGAGAAGCGCUGGAACGGGCGAAAAGAGAGGGCAGCAUCGUUUCGUUUCAUCAUAUCAACUUGAGGGAUGCGUUCGCGAAGAGUAUGGACCUUAUUGAUGUCAUCGUGGAUACAGGUCACAAUAUUUCGCACGCCGAUGGCAACAGUACCGAAGGUGAUUCGAACCCACCCACUCAAACUGGUACCGGUUGCUACAAGAACUUCGAAUAUUUCCCACCCAACAGAGCCGGGAGCAAUUCUUCCAUUACACCUCGUCUUCCUGUCAGUGAGGGUCCUCCUCCGCCAUGUUCGCCCAGUUCACACAAACGGCAACUGUUGGACUUUAGUGCCUCGAAUUCGAUCGAAGAAGAACGAUUGACGAUGGCGCCUUUAGCACAAGACGAAACGUUGCUCUUGCCCAGCUCACCAAUGGGCUACAUAUCACCAUCUAUUGGUAGUAAGGAUUCAAAAAAACAGCCUGAUAAGCCUGAAGAAAUGCAGAUACCAAGUGAAUUUGAAUGCUGCUUUUGCACAAAUAAGGAAUAUAAAAACUUUGUUGAUGCUGAAAGCCUAAUGCCAUUCCCCACAAGCGAUUUCCGGCAACCAAUUUGUAUGGAAAUGAGAGCUCUAGAAGCUGAAGCCAUGCUGGAAAGGUCCAGUAAUUUUUUCCUGGAAACUUACGCCGACGAAAACGUACCGAUGGUACCUACCCGAACCAACGGAGGAGAUCUUGCCAGUAUGGAUAGCUCGGACACUUUUGCCACAUGUACCACGUUCCCAAACAACUCCCAAGCGGAUCUAACUGCCGAUAUUCUAGACUCCACACUUUUGGCUUUGGACAGUAGCAACUUAUACAUUAAUCCAAUGGACAAAUCUAACAGUCCGCCAAUACUUUCACAAAACCAACGAAUGCCUGCCGUUAAAAAAUCGGCAAGUGGAGAUACUGCCUUGAGGAGUUUGGGUUCCACGCCAGUCGAUGAAAAAGUUGCGUUCCAAAGCAUGGACAGGGGCAGUAGGACUAGUUUAGAUGGUUCGCCUGGGCCUAGAAAACCGAAAACGAGAUUCCAGUUACGUAAAUCUUCAGCUAGAGAAGCAGGUUUCCUUUUCCAGUUACCGAGGCCCCAAUCGCGGUCAGGAGAAUCGCAACAGCGUAGCUCUCAGGAUAGCUUGGAAAAGAGGUCCAAGCAACCCUUUAUGCAAGGCAAAGGGCUUGCGUCGGCUGCAAGGAUAUUAAAUCAUCAUUUGUUCGGUGACAAUCAAGGAAAAAAUAGUACGAGUAAGUCGUCCUUAUCCGUAGACUCAACAGAUAGUAGAGAUACAGCGACACCUCAAAUGGAACCGAAACGAUCACGGUCGAUAUUGAAAAAAGCCGAUAGUUGUGGUAACGGCCGUAAUAAAGAAGAUCCGGAAAGUGAGCGGUUGCUUUCGGACAACGGAUCUGGAAUAUUCGACCGUUCGAAUUUCUCGCCGCUUGCGCAACCCAACAAAUUGCACAACAAACGCUCAAAAAUGCAAUCGUCAGCAUAUCAACAAGAAUUGGACAGGACUAGGAGUUUCAAGUCGCAGCUUUUAAGAUUGGACGAUAUUAUAAAUAAGCCCGGAGAUUCUGCACAAAUCAAUCAGGUACCGUUGUAUAUUUGCCCCCCACCUCCUCCCAUAGAUAGUGUAGACUUUUCACCCACCGAAGAAACUCAUCUGCUUUCGGUACUAGGCACUUUGGACACUAUAUCGACGACUCCUCAAGUGUCUUGCCAAUUUAAUAAGAAUGAACGGACGCAUUCGUCUUCGUAGCAUUCAUUGAUAAAUCAACUUAGGCCACGGACUGAUUCGCUGGUCCUAUGGAAACACGUCAAUUUUAAAACAAUCCUUGUACUCUUCUGUAUAAAAUAAGUAAUUGGCAUGCCCGGGGUCUAUUUUCCAACAACAUUUCAAAAACACCCCUUGAAAAAAAAAACGUAUAUUUUUUUAUUUAGUGCAGCUUGCCCUUGGUAUAAGCCCAUUAUUUGACCCUAUGUCAUGUUGAAAAGGAAUUUAAUGCUAAAAGAGUUAUGUAGAUGCAAUAUUGAGUGCGCGGAAAAGAGAGCAAUAAAGAUAGAUAAUUUUAAAAAGAAAAUAUAUGUACCUACUUAAUAAAUUAAUAUGACACUACGUGUAUCGCUAGCUAACUUGAGAAAAAAAGACAAAAAUUGAAUUAUUGUUGCUUAUUUAGAAUUUUUUAAACGAGCUAGCAAUACUCAAAAAGCCCAAUUUUUUGUUGGCAACGCACUGUAUAUAAUGUAUUAGUUGUUAUAAGUAUUAAUUUUCAAAAAAAUCACUUUUAUAAUUAUUUUGUUAGAAAAGUUGUUGCGGUUGUGCUCUAAUAUUCAUAAUUUAUUUUGGCUGUAGCUUCGCAUUUAUUUUUUAUAAAACUACAGCCUAAUUUUCCUUUGAAUAAUUUCACAUACAGGGAGCAUCUAUAUGAAUUGCAAGAACGCAUAAUUGUUCCUUUAAGCUUUAAAGUAUUACUAAUUUAAGAUUAAGAAUUUUUAUACGAUAUAUUUUUUUGUAUAAGGUAUUACGGCACUUCUAUAAUUGAAUUUUUAUCUAUUUUUAUAUUUAAGACAACAUUUGCACACGUAUAUAUGUGAUGUGAUGCACCCUGUAUUAAAAAACGAAUCAUUUUCUUGUUAUAAUUUACAGGGUGUUCUUUUAUUAAAUGGAUUAUUGAUACAGCAGUUUUAUUAUUUUUUUGGAACACUCGGUAGGUAGAAUAUUAUGGUUUGUUUUCUUAGAUAAUGCAGCUCUGGGUGUUCAUUUCAGCAUUUAUUUGAUUAUCAUUCAAGAAGUUAGGAGUAGACUAUUUGGUUAUAAGUUAUUGCCCAAUUGUUAUAUAAAUUAAUAAAAAGUUGACUUUGUU